AUGCGCAUCUCCUCGGUCCUGCGCUGGUGCUCCUCGGGUCUCGCGAUCGCCGUCGCUGCGACGACCGACUGUGCGUCGUCGGGCACGUGCGAGGCGCCGGCGUCCGCUGCGCUCGAGUACGACUCGAUCGAGGGCCAGCAGCUCCCGCACCCUGUAGGCCGCGUCGUCGGGCACUACGCCGCCUCGUACCGUGCCAACUUUCCGAACGAGGAUCGAUGGAACGUCCAUGUGGUUGCAACCGAUGGCGUCCUCGCGGCUGUCAUGGACGGCCACGGUGGCUGGCAGGUGGCCGAGUUUGUGCAAACGCACUUGGUCAACAACACACGUCGCGCGCUGCAGAGCGCGGCGCCGGCGCAAGCACUGGCCCAGGCCUUUUACGACACGGACACGCAGCUCAAGGCCCACUUGCGGCCGUCGUUGGAGCUCGGCUUUGGCGUCGUGAACCGCGUCGGAGCGUGCGGACUCCUCGCCUACACCCACGACGACGUUCUCUACAUUGCCAACGCUGGCGACGUGCGGGCGGUGCUCGGGCGUGUCGGUACCAAAGGCACGGUGCGCGCCACGCCACUUAGCCGCGACCACAACGCCAAGUACGCGCGCGAGCAAGAAAAGCUACUCGAGGCGCACCCCGGCGAAGACGACAUUGUCGUGUGCCGCAGCCAAGACGCGUGCUACGUCAAGGGCGGCCUCCAGCCCACGAGGGCGUUUGGGGACUUUGUGUUUAAAGAUGCAACGUUCAACGGGUCGCCGUACCCCGAACGUCGCGGCGGCGGGCGCUACAUGGCGCCGCCGUACACGCCGCCAUACAUUUCCAGCGUCCCGGAAGUGCACGUGCAUAAUCUGACGGCCGCCGACAAGUUUCUCGUCCUCGGCAGCGACGGUGUGUGGGACUUUGUGACCAACCAACAAGCGGUCGACCUCGUGCAGCACUAUGUUUCCAUCGGAGAGCACGCACUAGCGAGCCAAGGACUGGUGCACCAUGUCAUCUCGCGCGCGGCCGCCGAGUACAGGCAGACGAUCGAUGCGCUUGCGGCACUGCCGCCGGGGCGCGACCGGCGCCGACACCACGACGACACGACCGUGGUCAUUCUCUUUUUUUGCUAA